UCAAUGACCUCAAAUCGUUCCAUCCCGGUAGAGGUGGAGGAAGCGGUCAUCGACCAAUGUGUUGACGAUGCCAACACUUUGUGUCGCUGCGCCUUGACCUGCCGCGACUGGUUACCGCGCAGUCGCUUCCACCUUUUCUCUGCUGUUUGCAUCUCAACUCCGGAUAGGCUCUGGUCGUUCUGCGACGUCCUCGACUCACUCCCGGAGCUGCCAGAUCUCAUUCAGUCCAUCACAAUGGCCCCCGAUCGGACCGUCAAGCAUUCUUCUUGCCUGUUGGAGACUUUCCCGAUCCGACUUCUAUCGCGGGUCCCUGAUCUGCGCCAAUGGGUACUUCGGAAUAACCUAAGUAUCGAGCGACAGGACCAGGGGUGUCUCGUUUCAUGCUGCGACUUUCCGACAGAUACGCCUAUCUUCUCCUGUGGUAGAAUUGACGCUGGAGUCUGUCGGCUUCGUCUCUUCAGCAGAAUUUCUUCGCUUUGUCUGUUCAUUCCAGUCGCUGAAGCACAUGCGAUGCACGGGCAUCCGGACCAUUCGAGGGAAAUACCCUGA